AUGGCUAUGCACAAAAUAACAGAUGAUAUAUGGGUUGGUUCCCUCAUGUCUUUGACAGCAGUGAAGACGCUUUCAAAGUAUAACAUCACACAUAUCUUAUCGGUAGUCGAUAUUCGAGCUACGGGGCACGACGUCGGAAAGUUUCGAGAGACCUUGCAGAAAAACUUCAAACAUCUAUAUCUUGAAAUACAAGAUGUGGAAGAAGAAGAUAUUAUGCAGUUUUUCGGGCAAACAAAUGAGUUCAUAGAGGAUGCUGUUUCCAAAGGUGGCAGCGUUUUGGUUCAUUGUAUUGCUGGAAUUUCCCGCUCAGCCACUUGCGCUUGUGCAUAUAUAAUGAAAAAAAACAAAUGGAACGCUGAAGAAACGAUACAGUUUGUAAAGUCAAAGCGACCUAUUGCAAAUCCAAACAAGUCAUUUGUCGAGCAACUCGAGGUAUACUAUCAAUGCGGUUAUGAAAUCACAGACGACAAGAAGCUCUACCGCGAAUGGAAGUUGCGAAACCAAGCUUCCUAUUUUGCGUAUCAACAAGUGGAUGAUAAGACCAUCAAAUUUACAAAAGUAGAAAUGCCUGCAUUGAAAGUUCUUUGGCGUCAUAUCUUGCAUUUUGUCGUACCCCCAGAGCUGAUAGGAAAAGUUAGGCACAUCAAAGUGAAUGAUGUUGUUUUUGCCGUCACAGAGCCCAUAAGUCAAACGUUGAAAAGCCCUCGCGACAAUAUCCAAAUUAUCGCUGGUGAGGAGGUUUUCGCAAUUUCACACGAGGUCUUCGAAAAUAUACUUCAAAAAAUUGCAACAAAAACAACUGUUUUGCGCUGUAAAAGUUGUUCGGGUACAGUCGCCACUUCUGCCGUGUUCGUGAAUCAUAAACCAGCCUCUCAAACUCCCUGCCAGCAUUUCUUUUUGGAGCCGAUGGAGUGGAUGCGUGGAGAGCUUGAACAGGGUAAGCUUGAGGGUCGUAUUGACUGCCCGCACUGCCAUGCUAAGUUGGGUAGCUACCUGUGGCAAGGAUCGCGUUGCAGUUGUGGUGAAUGGGUUGUGCCUUCGAUCAAGCUUCAGAAGUCGCGUGUUGACCAAAUGACACAGCAAAGCAAAGCUUCUUUGUAA